AUGACUCAAUCUGGCAACGGGAGCACCUUAUCAAGACAGCGAGAUGUUUCGGAUCUUGGGCACGAAAGCGCCACUGCUCUUCCAGAAAGCAGGAUUAGUCGAACCAUCUUCGACCUGGAACUGGACGGCUUGUGUUGGAAGGAUUCUCGAACCCGUCGUGAGGCUGCGCUCAAGAUUCUCGCGGAUCGGAAGGCCAACGGGAUCCACCACCGCACCGAAGCAACCGUCCAGGGAAAGCUGGGCAGACUUGAAAAACGGUACCUGGACGCUGCCAAGCUGUUAGCGGGGAGGCGAAUCUCCGGCGGUGGCGUCGAGAAUAAUAAAGUCAACGAUGCUGUGAAGGCUGAGGCGCAAGCGGUAUGUCCGUUAUACUUUGAGCUGAGACCGAUACUAGGAAGUACCGAUACCUGCAGUGGACGAGAGACUCCCAGACACGCCGGCUCGAAGGCGAAGCGAGAUGACCAGAAUGCUGGCAAGAAACAACAAACCGUUCGAUCUCGCGUUGUAGCCCCUCCUGUGGCCUAUUUGUAUGGCUCAGUACGCCACAGGGUGAACUACGGAGCCAUGCAUCCCGAUGUUGACGAACGAAGUGAAUACCUGUUCGCGGACGAGAGCGAGAUCAGGGUUAUCCAGCCCAGUUCGGAGCUUGCGGAGCGGUAA